AUGAACCGACUGGCCCGGAGAUUCCGUCGUUACGCCAUGGAACGGGACAACAACAGUAAUCACAAUAAUAAUGACAACAACAACAACAACCAUGACCUUCCAGUGGCGGUACUGGCCGAAGUGGUCCAUCAAGUCAAUGGUGAUGAUCCACAACGACAACAACAACAACAACAACAGCAACAACAGCAACAGCAUGCAAACCAUCAGGAACACACUCCAAACGAACACCCACAAAUACUCGAGCCAAUGGAAGGAGAAUUGGUAGCCGGAAAUAUUGCAGUAGCAGAAACCGUAGUGGGUGGUGAAGCAGCAUCAGCAGAAGCAGCCAAUAUCAAUAAUAACGGAGACAAUGAGGAUGGUGCCAUUUUGGAUCUUCGUGCCGAUGAUGGAGGAGUUGAGGAUGAUACCGAUGACGAUGAUGAUGAUCAUCAUCCUCAUGGUGGCCGCAUUCCUCAUCUCGAGUUUGCUCAACUGGGUGGAAGAACGAUUGCCUCUCUUUCGUCCUAUCUUUACGACAUGAUUCGAGAAGACUACAUGUGCCGAUCCAUACUGACUGCCCGCCAAAAGUCUUGCGAUCGCGUGGUGGAACAUUGUGCCUACAAUACUACCGAAGCCUUUUACACAGGUCAUCAAGGACGAAUACCUCUCCAUGAAGCGUGUCUCCGGGGAUCUUGUAUGCACAUUGUGGAAGCCUUGCUGGUGGCAAAUACCGCGGGCGCCUUAUCGGUGGACCAUCGAGGCAAUACGCCGCUCCAUUUACUCUUCAUUGAUUUUUCCACCCGGAGUGCCGCCAAUCCCCAUGAGAUUGAUCUUUUGGUCCAAAAAUUAUUACAGAUUGCCCCGCAACAUUUGGCCAUUUGCGGAAACGACGAAGGUUCCAAUCCAUUGCACAUUGCCUGCAUGACACCGGAAACCAUGGUGGAUCCAAACAGUCUGAAACAAUUGAUUCAAGCAAAUCCACUCUGCGCGGCCCAACUCAACAGCAGGAAUCAAUCGGCGCUUCGAUUGCACUGCCAACGAUCGAAUGCCUCUGUCAAAGUGGCACAAAUUCUAUAUCAAGCCAGUCCAAAUGCCUUGACUAUUCUAGACGGAGAAGAUGGUUGGGCACCCAUUCAUUAUGCGGCUGCCAAUGCCAAUUUUCCAUUGAUGCAAUAUUUAGUGGAGCAAAAGGAUCAUCCCAUGAAUAGUGCCAGUUUGCGGACGACCAAUGGCCUAACCGCCUUGCACAUUUUGUGUCGGCAAAAUCCUACCAUUGACCAAUUGCCGGCAAUUGAUUUGUUGUUGGAAGCGGACCCCAGUUCCAUUGUCCAAAAGGACUAUUCGCAUCAAUGUACUCCCUUGCAUUUGGUCUGUCAAGGAUCAAGAAUUGCAUUGCCAGUGGUACGGCGAUUGCUCAAGGCCAAUCAUACAGUCGCUAGCAUACCAGAUGCGGAACAUUAUUUGCCCUUGCAUCACGCCAGUGCGAUUGGGUGCGAGCCAGAGAUUAUUGCGCUACUAUUGGACGAUUAUCCACAAGCGGCCAGUGUCUUUACUCGCAAACAAGAUUCCGCUUUGUCCUUGGCCUGUACCUGCAAUCGAUCCGUCGAAACGGUACGAUUGUUGAUUCGGGCCAAUCCAGAGGCCAUGGUCAAAAAGAAUGAUUAUGGGUUUGCCCCGCUCCAUUGCGUUUGUCGGUCGUAUCAACCUCGGAUGGCCAUUGUGGAAGAACUGCUCGAGGCCUGCCCUUCUUCCAUUGCACUCAAGACACAUGCGGGAGAGACACCCGUCCAUUUGGCCUGUAGUAAUUCGGGAGCCUUUGUGGGAGUCAUUCAAUUGUUGACCUUGGCGCAAAAUCGAGAGACGGGAUCGUCAGAAGACUUGACGAAUGCGAGUGCGGAUUCUCUGGGGCAGUCCAAGUCGACAGUCAACAAGAUUGGAAAUACACCAUUACACGACGCUUGCUUUCGAGGUUCUUCGUUUGAACAUAUUGAAACACUUGCCAUGGCGAAUCCGGAAUGGCUUAAUGUUUGUAACAAUGGAGGCUUUACUCCGCUACAAAUACUGUGCAAGAAUGCACGGAUUGAUGAACGGAUCAUUACGACCUUUUCUCGAAUGGGUGGUCCGGAAACCUUUUCCGUGGCCGACUCCUCGGGGAAUACACCGCUGCAUUCCGCCAUGCGCAAGGAUAUCGACUUGGGGACCGUCAAGAGUUUGAUUCGGGCCUUUCCGGAUGCACUGUAUGCCAAGACAAUAUACGGGGACACACCAUUGCACUUGGCGUGCUUUCGACAUGCCGACCCGGAAGUCGUUCAGGAAGUGGCUCUGGCGGGGAGCAGUGGUACUACCUCACCUAGUUUGAGCCGGAAUACAGCCAGUCAAACUCCUAUCGGUAUUGCGAUGCAAGAAUUUCGAUCCCUUUGCCGGAGCAAUAGCACUUUUUGCUGCGUCAAUGCUCAAUAUCAACCAGAACAGAAGCGAAGCUUCAAAGUCUUGGAGGCACUUGUCAAGAUUGUAUACUAUGGAUCUGGCCAUAACGAUUACAAGAGUUUGAGUCUACUGCAUGCUUGUGUCGCGCUCCAUCGAAAGAAUGUCCGCUUGGAUCCCACCUUUAUUCGACGUGCCAUUCGCCUGUACCCCGAAGAAACUCGACGGGUGGACAGCGAAGGAAAUACUCCGUUGCAUUAUGAAGCGGCCAUUCCAAUUGAAAAGAUGGCCUUGUUAGAUUCUUCUGCUCGGUGUUGCAACGGGCAAUGCCACAAACGUUUCAGUAUUCUAAGAGUACUGUUGGAAAUGCAUCCCGAAGCGACGCAAUUGCAAAACAAGGCUGGCUACUUUCCAUUGUCCCUCAUGAUUCAAAACGGUCGGUCCUGGGAGAACGAUGUGGCUCUGGCAGUACGCGCCUUUCCGCCAGCUCUUCAUUGGAAAGGACUCAACGACUGCAUUUUGCCGAGGGUGUUGGCAAGGGUAGGCAAUGAAUGUGGCCCAAGCACAUUGUAUUGGCUCUUGACGAGCCGACCAGAUAUGCUCGAUUUUUUAUGA